UAUGCUGGAUUUCUGGACAAAAGGUUUUUAAAGGAAAUCUUCUAUAAGUCCCAACAUGUCAGCACUGAGCCAUCUCACAGGAAGUACUGAACUUAGCUCAGCCCAGGUGUGGACUCGCUGAGCUCUUUGGUCUGCAUCUGUACUUGGUUCUGGACUCAUGUAAGACUGAGCAGAAGCAGAACCAUGUCAGAGACCCUCCAGCUGCCCGCGCUGCAGAUCCAGGGCCCGGUAGACGGGGAGUGCAACGGAUGCGAUGUGAAUCCGGCCCUGUCCAGCUCGUCCAGCCCGUCUCUGCGGCGCAAGCGCUUUAAAAUGCACCGUAUGAAGAACGUCAUGAGCGAGAAGGAGCAACUGGAGAAGGAACAACUUCAGCGUUCCGGGAGUAAGGAGUACCUACAGCUUCCGUCCAUUGAGAUCACGCCAUCCAGCGACGAGGAUGCAGCGUGGUCGAGUUGUUCCACCCCCAGCGCCUCGCCCCAACGCAGACGCUUCCUCCUGCGCAAGUGGCUAAGAGGAGGCGAGAAAAAAGAGCACGGCAGUGAGAGCAGCAGUCAGCAGAGCAGCCUGCAGAGCAGCCACGAGGAAGAGUCCACGCGCUACCUGAGCCCCAACACCCGUGACGACAGCACUGCCAGUAACUCGAACCGCAGCUCGUCUACAGAUAAUGUGAUAUUAUCCAUCCUGACAGACUACUCCUGUGCCCUGCAGAGAGAUAUCCUCCUGCAGGGUCGCCUCUACCUCUCCGAAAACUGGAUCUGUUUCUAUAGCAACAUAUUCCGCUGGGAAACGCUGCUGACUGUGAGGUUGAAAGAUGUUUGCUCCAUGACGAAAGAGAAGACGGCUAGACUCAUUCCCAAUGCCAUCCAGCUGUGUACAGACAGUGAAAAGCACUUUUUUACCUCAUUCGGGGCAAGAGAUCGGACGUACAUGAUGAUGUUCAGACUCUGGCAAAAUGCUCUACUGGAAAAGCCAUUGUGUCCCAAAGAGCUGUGGCACUUUGUCCAUCAGUGUUAUGGGAAUGAACUGGGUCUAACCAGUGAUGAUGAGGAUUACGUACCUCCUGAUGACGACUUCAACACCAUGGGGUACUGUGAGGAGAUUCCCGCUGAAGACAACGAGGCCAAUGACAACUGCCCUAAAACCCCAGAUGCCAAAAUGGACAUCAGCCCCCAGCUCCACAGGAAGGUUUUCCCCAACAGCAGUCUGAACUCCACGGACAGCACAGACGCUCCGGUCAACUUUGACGUGCCCCCAGUGGAGGACUUCAGUGGCUGCGUCCCAGAAGACCUCGUACCCCUGCCAUUACCUGACAACAAGCUGUCAGAGACCAGUGGCUCCGCACAUGCCCCCGUCCCCGUCCCCGUCCCCAUUCUUUCCCUUGACCUCAAUGACAAUGAGGACCUCCCCACUGAACUCAGCGACUCCUCAGAAACACACGAUGAGGGGGAAGUGCAAGCCUUCCAGGAAGAUCUGAAUGGGAAACUGUACAUUAAUGAAGUAUAUAAGUUCAGUGUGGAUAAACUGUAUGACAUCCUCUUCACUGAAUCCCAGUUCAUGAGAGAGUUUCUGGAGCAGAGACGCUUCUCAGAUGUGGUCUAUAACCCAUGGAGGAAAGAAGACACUGGUAAUCAGAGCAGAGAGAUCAUGUACACCAUCUCCCUCUCCAACCCACUGGCCCCAAAGACAGCCACAGUUACAGAGACGCAGACUCUGCACAAGGCCAGUCAAGUGAGCGAGUGCUACAUCAUCGACGCUGAGGUGAUUGCUCACGAUGUCCCGUAUCACGAUUACUUUUACACGCUCAACCGCUACAUGCUCACUAGAGUCGCCAAGAACAAGUGCCGCCUGAGGGUGUCAGCUGAACUACGCUACAGGAAGCAGCCAUGGGGACUGGUCAAGAGCUUCAUUGAGCGAAACUUCUGGAGUGGCUUGGAUGAAUAUUUUAGAUAUUUAGAGCUGGAGUUGAGUAAGGCACAGCUGGUGCUAUCUGAACCUCAUAAACAGUCUCCCAAAUCCAAAGCCCUACGCACAGCUACAGUGAGACGGAGGAAACGGCCGCUGACGCACAUGAGGCAGCAGCACCUGGACGAGGCGCUCAGUCCCGUCACCACACCUGAGGAUGAGAAGAGUGUCAUCCAUCGCAUCAAACACGUGGCAGGAUCCACACAGACCAGACACAUCCCGGACCACGGAUCUGAAGGCCUGGCUCUCUACAGCGUUUCCAAACUUCUGUUUAUAAUCAGCUCUGUUCUGGUGCUACUGGUAUUUUUGAACAUGAUGCUGUUUUAUAAGCUAUGGAUGCUGGAAUACACGGCUCAGAGUUUGACCGGCUGGCAGGGUCUCAGGUCUCAUGAAAGUAAACUUCCACAGACACAGAUUGAAUGGGCUCAACUUUUGGAAUCUCAGCAGCGUUACCAUGAAAACGAGCUGGAAAAAUGGAGGGAAAUAAUAAAGUCAUCUGUGCUGUUAUUAGAUGAGAUGAGAGGGUCUCUAAUGAAGCUACAGAAAGGUAUGGGGUUGAGAGACUACGAUUCAGACAGUGAAGAAAGGCGAAGUCGCUAUCACUGAGUCCCGGCUCAGCCAAUGUAAUGAACAUCUCCACAUGUAAGCGACCCGAUGAGCUGGGCCGGGGCACUGACUGAACGGCUCUCACGGUCCGGCUGCAGCGCUGUGAGGCCUUUCUGACGACAGACACUGAUGGAAACCCAGUACUGCAAUUUCUCUGUCUUCUCUGCGAUGAAAGAGCUGAAAAAAAUGAAGGAAUGCAGUCCUGUGAUCGUGGAAUCGGUCUGUUCACCCAGGGCUAAAACAAACGCACCAAAACAAUUCAACAGUCACUUCAAAACAGACACAGACUCUGGUUUAAACACUUGAGCGGAUGUUGGAACUCGGCAGCAUCACUUUUUUAAACCUUUUGGAGUCUGGGACCAGAUAAAGAAGAUAUGGAGUUACUAUCAGCAAAUGUUGCGUUGACAUGUACACAUUUAUUUAUAAAAACAAAAUAUGGAAUUUAAUCAUAUUAUGAUACACAUGAAAAUAUAUAAUUUCUAUGUAUGUAGAGCUAUAUUUGUUGCCAGAGUUCAUUUGUAACAGGCUUCCAUGGAGAAUCAAGGCUGGUUCCUUGAUAGCUUGCGCCAUGGUGCAUCAACUAUAUGCAACUGGUAUAUCCUCCCCUGUUUGGAGGACUGACUUCCUCCGAUUGGUUGAUUUGCAAUGGCAAAAGAGCCAUGGUCUCUAACAUUCCAUCUACCAAGCGUCAUCGGCUGCAUUCCAGUUUCCAUGCUACUGCACAUUAAAAGUACAUACUUGGAAAAAAGUACAUACUUUUAGGCAUAUAGUUAGGACACGGUUAAGCCACAAGUAUACUUUUUCCAUGUUCCGAUCCAUCUUGCCUUUCAAAGUAUACUUCAUUUUUCAUGAAUGGCCAAAUCACUUGCACAUUCACUGACAGAUGAUUUUUCAGUCUUCGCCAGUUUAAUGUGCAGAGUAAACUAUAGGAAAAUACUGUGCACAUUUAACAUCAAACCGAACAGGAAAACUCAAUAAAAAAAAAAAAAGAAGAGUUGAACCGAAAGAGUUGACUAUAGGG